AUGCGUACUCUUAAUCCCUGCGGAGGAACAAUUGUUUUUUCAAGCUUUGAAGCCACUAUCGCCACAAAUAACAUAGUGACUUACUUUCUCAAGGGAGCUAUCCCUAGCGGAUUAAAUCAGCCUACAGCGCAUUCAACGAUCUAUUUUAGUGAUAAUUCUUAUGAUCCUAGUGAUUCUAUAGUGACGUGCUAUUAUUCUCCACAAUCACCUAGCAGCUCUAGCGAUUCAUGUAGAAUCGAUGGAGGGUCCGGAAUCACAUUUUCUUUUUUAUCUGAAUAUGCUAGUGAUGCACGGCGGACAUGGGAAAAGGAUCCUACAUACGUAACAAAUAAUCUUGAAGUGAGUUUUUCUCUAUGGAGUUCGAAUUCAACCAUCCAAGGAUGUGUCAAUGGUUCAGCUAGCAGUAAUACAAUCCCCGGAGCUCCAGGAUACCAAAUCUCAUAUAACGCUCUAUUCCUUUCUGGAGUGAUUGCUGGACUAAUCGGCAGCUUCACCAGCUACACGUUUGUAAAGGGCAGCAAUAUACCACCGAUUUUUAACAAUCUUGAAUCAUCCACCGUCGAGAAAUCGGCUGUUGGUAGCUCUCAAUCGCCUUCAGUAUAUGAUAUCUUUCGUGCUGCUCAAUUUUUUGUAACUACCGCUUUGCUUUCUUUAACUCACCUUCCAAAUGGUUACCGGAAUUUAGUAUCUAAUUUUAGUUGGACUAUUGGUUUGCCCAGUUUUGGUGAAUCCCUAUCAAAUGUUGCAGAUAACCAGAUACGAAAAGGAAUAUGUAAUAUGUCAAAUCCUCCCUCAUCUGGAUUUAUAACUUCUGGAAAAAUAAUGAAAAUCCCGGACUACAAUUUAUUUUUUUGCGUAAUUAUUGAAUUCUGCAUUGUAUUAGCGAUUGUGCUUGUUAUUACAUUACUACUUGGGUGGUUUGCCCGGUUGUAUAAACCCUUACAGAAAAAAUGGUCCAUUGUGAAAACAGCGGCGAGCAAUAUUCGCUUUUUGGUACUUGGUGGAAUGUUUCGUGUGGAUUUAUCGCAAGAUCGGGACGCAUUUAAAACGCCAGUUCACACAUUCGUUUAUGGUGCGCUCUAUACUCAAUAUCGAGAUCAUUCAGAGGAGAAACAAACUUGUCUCUGGUUUUUUGCCUUCACGUUCGCCUAUGAUGUCAUUCGAGCCAUUGCCACUGGAGGAGCUCGGCAAAGUGGUGCCGUACAAACUGCCAUUUUUCUUUGA